AUGACCGAAACAAAUAUGCGGUUAGAAGAUUGGCUGGAUGAUCUUUGUGUCCGUUUCAUCAUAAACCUUCCGCGCGAGGAGCUUGAAUCGGUUGAACGGAUAUGCUUCCAAGUCGAAGAAGCACAAUGGUUUUACGAAGACUUCAUUCGUCCGCUCGACCCUGCGCUACCGUCAAUGAACCUGAAGACAUUUGCUAUGCGCAUUUUCCAACAUUGCCCGCUUAUGUCGUCAUGGUCUCAUUAUCAUCAUGUGGCUGCCUUCCAAGAAUUUCUGGAUUACAAGACACGCGUUCCGGUCCGUGGUGCGAUCAUGUUGAACCAAGAUAUGGAUGAGGUCGUUUUGGUUAAAGGUUGGAAGAAGGGUGCCAACUGGAGUUUUCCCCGUGGCAAAAUUAACAAGGGAGAAAAGGAUCUUGAUUGUGCUAUUCGUGAGGUCUACGAAGAGACCGGGUUCGAUGUUCGGGCCGCCAACUUGGUUAAAAACGACGACGAUGUCAAAUACAUUGAGAUUACGAUGAGAGAGCAGCACAUGCGACUCUACGUCUUUCGAGGUGUGCUCCGUGAUACUUACUUUGAGCCGCGCACCCGGAAGGAAAUCAGCAAGAUUGAGUGGUACAAGCUUUCAGAGCUGCCGACGUUGAAGAAGAAUAAACAGCAUGAUGAAGGACUCGCAGUUGCGAAUGCGAAUAAGUUCUACAUGGUUGCCCCGUUUCUUAGUCCCCUCAAGAAGUGGAUAGCGCAGCAGAAGAAGCUUGACGCGAGAGCCCAGCCUGGUACAAACCAGGUCUCACAGGCUGAGGGAUAUGCUUCUGUGGAUGAAAAUGGCCAUACCAAUGGUACGCCAGGCAUGUCCCUCGCGAAAAUGGCCAUUCCAAGUGAUCUUCCUGAGGUGACCUCAGCGCAAGAUGCUUCAGAUCACCUCAAGCGCCUUUUGAAGAUCGGCGCCGCACCAGUGCAAGGCCGUACACCCGGCCUCGAGUCAGUUGGAGCUUCUGCCGUUGACCCGUCUAAGGCGAAUGGUCUUCUUGCCUUGUUGCAGCGUGGACGUCAAGAGACAUUCCCUCAGGACUCUCACAGUAAUCUAAUGGCGUCACCUAAUACAUCUCAGUCCAACCUCCAAUCUGCAGAACAACGGCCUCAUUUGGGCCCGAAUUUCUUCCCUGGCUUUCCUCAGCAGCAACAGAAUAUGGGUCCAUCCCCUUUCAUGCGGCAGAACUCGACACCAUUCCACACUAUUCCAUCCCAACCUCAUAUCGAACACUCCCAGAAUGGCCCACAGGUUCUUCCUGGUAAUGCAUUCCAAAGUCCUGCGCAUAAUUGGUAUCCAAAGCCCCACGCGAUACCACAAUUCCCUCAAACCACCAUGUCUCAAUAUCAGCACCAUAACCAGCCUCCUAUGGCCCCUGGCGUUCUGAACCCAAGCAAUAUGCCCGCGCCGUUUCAACGAACAGGAGACCCCGAGUUCUCUGAAUCCGCUCAAUUAUCUCAAACUCGGGGCCCAGUCGUCCCGCCUGCGAGCAAAUUACCUCCCCCGAAGCUCACAAGCCAUUCCCUGGCGCUCUUGGAAGUCUUCAAGGUCAAGACCCCCAAGGGUCCGAGUCCAGCGAUGUUGGCGCCUCCCACCCAGGGUCCUUCCCACGACCGUAAGAGGUCUCAGCAUCAGGAUAGUCUUUUGGGUCUGCUCAAAGAUCCCCAAACUGCCCGUGUUUCCGAACCAGCGGAAUUGUUAGGCAAUCCUAUUGUGCCCUCUGCGGCUCCUUCAGAGAAGCAGAUUCUUCAGCGUCCUCGCGAUCACCACAACCAGCCCACGCACCAGGCUGGUGCAGGUCAAACAUCAGCUACCGUGUCUGGACCGUUGAAUAUGCCACAAUUUGAUACAUUUGCCAAACCGCACAAGUCAAAUCCUGCAGCUUCCCGAAAGAACCAUGCGAACAGGCGAGAGCACCCCCAGCCACAGCAGCUAUCCUCGCCCAUUACCAUUCUAUCGCGACCUCAUUCUGCCAAACAGGAGGUAUCCUCGUCGAGACCUGUUGCACAAGCAACCCAGGUUUUGCCUGCGAAGAUGCCCGAAGCGCCUGAGCCUAUCAAGAAUUUCCAACCGCAGAUUCUACGUCGAUCCGAAAAACCUGGAUAUGAAGCAUCGAUGGCGACAGCUCCUCAGGCAGAAGCCAUUGAACGCAAAUUGAGUUUGCCCGGAGCUGAUCCCGAGGGCUUGGCCCCACAGGGCAACUUCGACCGUCGACCGAGUCAAACUGCUGAGCAGAAAGCCUCACUUUUGUCUCUCUUUAGCAAGGCACCUGUCUCUCCGUCGCCCGUUUUUGCGAGCCCGUUCGACCCCCGAGCCGUCAACCAGCAGCCGGCAGCAUACUCAGGCUUUGUCAGCCCGAUGUCGUCCCGUAAUCGUCCGAGCAGCGGGGAUUCUAUCUCUCGUCACGGCACGCCCUCUGAUGGUGGUGCGCACGCCAGCGGUCAACAGGUCUCCUCGCCGAGCAACAAGGCAUUCUUGCUUGAGUUCUUGGAGGGAGUGGCCAAGGGCAAUAAGUAG